AUGGAACGUGCCCGCAGAACUGUAUCGAUGGCCUCGUCCCGCCGCAGGACAAAUCCCGCUUCUCACUCCCCUCAAUCUACUCCAGAGUCUGUCUCUGAGCCUCUGCCGUCUGUGAGCCCCAGUUUAUCGAAUGACAUCAAAAGCCCGCAAUCAGCGCCGCCUGCUCGCCGCUCCAGCAAGACUCUGCAGCACACCUCCAGCUUUUCUGCUCCCGCCUCAUCCCGCUCUGCCCAUUCGAGGAAGCGCUCAAAAACGAUGGAUGAGUAUGGUUAUGAGUAUGAGGCCGAUGAUAUUGACAGCCCUAAGAAAGGGGGACACACUCUUCGUCGGCGUGCCCGCGUCGACUACACCUUUGAGCAUAUCGACGACGAAGUUAUUGUCCCCAACUCAACCUCAUCAACCCGCAACAAAAAGCGGAGAUCUGACAACAGCUACGACUCGGAAGAAUUAAAUUCACAGGAUCCUGGUCGCAGACGUGCCUCCCUUGAUGCGGACACGUCUACUUCUCGCCGCCGCAAUCCUGCUCGCAAGUCUUCUGCCGAGGUAGCCGCCUAUAUUGAGGCGCCAGAAGAACCUGAGCACAAAGUCCAAGACACCAUUGAAGUUGCUGGCUCAUUAUCUGACCGUGAAAAUUCCACUUCGCCUGCCGUCGAGCAUUCAAAUACUUCCAGCCAAGUUUCAUUGCCAGCGAAGCCCAGCAAGCCUGAUUCUGCAGGGCCUGAGACAUCAACUCAUGAGCCCACGGACACGACUCAGGAUACGGCAACGAUUCCUGAAGACCUUGAUUCCAAGCCACACGAUGAGGAUCUUGAUAGGCCAGACAAUCAGCUACUGCAAGAAGCCGGCGCUUCUUUACCAAACGGCGCCACUUCUACUACCGCCGAGGCUAGCCAAUUGGGAGCUACCGACAGCACUACAGUAUCUGAGCCGCUGUCCCCGAAGACUUCCUCUCAGCAAGAAUUAAAUGCAGUAUCGACGAAGACGGAACCGGCUGAGGAGAAGAAUCCCAAUGCUCUCCCCUUCGCAACGACACAGUCGCCCAAGGUUGAUGCGGCGGCAACUAAAACCAACAAUCCAACUACUGAUCACGAAUCUACCAACGGUUCAGAAUCAGGUGAAAAGGGAGAUCAAUCCUCAUCUCCAUCCUCUCAAAUUCAAAAGCAGCUUGACGGCUCACCUGACGACACCGCAGCUGACAUCAAGAAAGAUCCUGGUGUCGAAGAAGAUGUCAGCAUGACAGAUGUCGGUAAUGGUGAACUCAAGGAUGAGCCUGCUGAAGAUGCUGUACAAGCAGAGCCCGCAGAGAAGAUGACCACACCUACUCCGACACCAGAAGCUAAAGAUGUUCAACUUUCUCUCUCGACCAACGCUGACACCGUGGUAGAAGAUGUCGUUCCUACCAAGGCUCAAAUAAAGCCUUCAUCAUCACAAAACUCGACGCCCUCAUCUGGUCUCGCUUGGCGGCCUCAACCGACUCCAGCCGGUCGCUGGGCAUAUUUGACACCUUAUGUCGAGGGAGACACCACUACGUAUCCCGAGAAGAAGGAGUCUUCUCCUGAAGAUGAGACCCCUGCUGAAGAACCAGCAACUGAGGAGAAGGAUACCGAGAAAGACUUGAACGGUAUGGAACCCAUGGUUGAGGAUAACGAUGACGCACCGGAGGCUUUCCAGGCCGAGGCACCGACCCCAGCUUUGAACACGCCCACCCGGGGCUCGCCCGUCGCAGAUUCCAUGGAACCUACCGCGGCAAACUCGCCUGUUCCAGUUGUAGAUGAGGCUGAUGAUGGCGACGUUUCCGAUUCUGACGACAACGAACCUCGGCGCUAUUUCCGCUAUCGGAAGCUGCGCGACGCCGAAGAGUAUACUUCGCUUCUGGAAACCCCGGAGGAUAUGACAACAGAAGAGUUGUAUGAGCUUAUUGCAGCCGUGAAUGUGUCCAUGGUGCAAUGGCAGACUGAGUGGACUUCCCUCGGAAAAGUCGUUGACGAUUACGAGAAUUCCCUACGUCGCAGAGCUCACGAUGCAAAAUACGAGGCCAGGACACGCAACCUUCGCCAACACGGAGUAAAUUACGAAGAACCCGAAUUCGUCGUCAGGGGCUACAAGGCCAAGGAGAAGGAGGGCAUCAGCGAAACUCGCUACCUUCAGGGCCAGGAUCGCAUCAUGGCAGCUGCAUAUGGCUUUGAAUACGAUCCUCACCCAUCCAAGAUUGGUCGCCAGAACCCCGAGACGCAGCAGGCCGGCAUCAUGACUCGCGGACGCUCACUCCGAAACCAACCUAGGCAGACGGCAAAGGCGACUGAGGCCGACGAGGUUACUGGCAAGCGAACUCGUAAGCCUGUCCAGCUUUUCGAUCCUGCCGCGCAAGACAUCAGCCGCAGCUCGACCCCCGUCCCGACAAGGACGCGGCGACGGAAGACUGGGAAUGGCGAUGAAGACAUGGUGACUUCUAGCUUCAAUGGAGACGGCAAUUCAGAAAUGGAUGAACCUCCGUCGAGAACGAAACGCCGCCGCAUUGGCCGCCUACAAACCUCUGCGCCCAACGUUGGUGACGACUAUGGUGCUUCGCAGGACACUGCGCCGGAGGCCGCUGCGGAUGAGACUGUCCGUCCUAUCCGUCGUGGCCGCCACCGGGCUGCCAUCCGAUACGACGAUGACUUUGCCGAGCCAUCGGUCGAUGACGAACAGCAGCCGAAGCAGCCGAAGCGACAUCUUCUUACGCUGAAGAUCCCGCGAGGCAAGAACUUUAGCGAGCCCUCGUCCGCCAUCACCGACAAUGGCGACUCACGCCCUUCCACCGCCUCUUCCGAGUCGAGCUCGCACACGGCCGAGUCCUCCUACUCCUUCCGGCCCAAGCGCCAAAAGCGAUUCCGUGACGAGCAGGAGGAGGCCGAGGCUGCCGCUCAAGGCCCUCCGAAGAAGCGAGGCCGUCGCACCACUGACGAGGCGGCAGCCCCGAUGACGAGCGUCCCCGCCGGAGAUGCCACGCCGGCCGCGGCUCGCAAGACGCCUAAGAUCAAGGUCGUGCGUGCGCCCCCGGCGAGCCGCACCGGGACGCCUUCGUCUAUCGGCGGCGACGCCGAGGAGCCGCGCAAGGAUUACAAGCUGAUGACCAAGUCGGAGAAGAUGUCCGCAUCCAUGAAGAGUCGUUGGGCAAAUGGCAACAUGGCCGGAGCCGUCGAGAAGCGAAAGGCGACCUUAGCGGCCAAGAAGGCAGCUCAAGCCGCGGCCGAUCAGAAGUCGGGCACGACGACGCCCAAGGGGAACAAGGCCAAGCCGAAGAAGGACGGCCCGCUGCCGCCGCAGGACUCUCAGCCCAUGCCUCCUGCGACCCCCACCAUGGGAUACCCGUUUACGCCCGCUUAA